AGGUCACAGAACCUGGGCGCGGGGAGAUGACGUCACACUAGCCGGACCGCGGUUGCUGGAGCUUGGGCCCUCGCAGCUGACCGCGAGUAGGGACGGGCUGCGACGGCGCUACGAUGACCAUUUGCCAGUUUUUCCUUCAAGGCCGGUGCCGCUUCGGAGACCGCUGCUGGAACGAGCAUCCCGGCGCCCGGGGUGCGGCCGGGGCCCGGCAGCCGCCACCACAGCAGCAGCCGCCCUCAGGGGGUAACCGUCGGGGGUGGAAUGCAGGCAGCCAGAGGUACUCCAAUGUCAUCCAGCCGUCCAGUUUCUCCAAGAGCACGCCCUGGGGUGGCAGCAGAGGUCAGGACAAACCGCCCUUCGGCCCUUUUGAUUCUGGAGCUUCUACCAGCAGAGGCUUUGGGUCACCUCAAAACCCUUUUGCCUCACCUCUCUCUGAUGAGCAGAAAGAUGAAAAGAAACUUCUGGAAGGAAUUGUUAAGGACGUAGAGGUUUGGGAGUCUUCAGGGCAGUGGAUGUUUUCUGUUUACUCACCAGUGAGAAAGAAACCCAACAUUUCAGGUUUCACAGACAUUUCACCAGAAGAGUUGAGGCUUGAGUACCAUAACUUCUUAACCAGCAACAACUUGCAGAGCUAUCUAAACUCUGUUCAACAGCUAGUAAAUCAGUGGAGGAGUAGGAUAAAUGAACUGAAAAAUCUAAAUAUGUCGACCAAAGGAGCUCUGCUCUCUGACUUAAAGGAUGCAGUCAGUCAAGCAGCACCUGCGUUUGGAUUUGGAAGCAAGCAAGCAGGGACAUUUGGGUCACCAGGUUUUCCGGUGAAUAACAGCAGCAGCACUACUGUUCAGAGCUUCAGUUUUAAAACAAGCCCUGGACUGGCCACUGCUCCUUCUGGAAACACCUCGGUGUUUGGAAGUCACCCAGCCUUUGGGGCUGGGCCCUCUGCUGGCUCUGCUGUCUCGUCCUCCAUUCCAGCCUUUGGACUUGGGAAACCUGAAGCCACAUCUGCUGCGUCAUUUUCAUUCAAGAGCCCUGAAGCUUCCAGCUUUGGAUCGCCUGGGUUUUCAGGAUUUCCAGCUCCCAUGGCAACAAGUCCCUUUGGCCCUGCCACAGCCCCUGCCUUUGGAAGUUCUGUGGCUGCUUUCGGCAGUCCUAGCCCACAUUCUCAGACUGUGUUUGCCAAGCCUUGCACUGACGUGUUUGGAGGUAGCAGCAUAUCUAGCUCUGUCCCAGCUUCCAGUGCCCCGGAUAACGCGCUGUUCACACCCAGGGAUCAGCUGACGAAGGAAGAACUGGAACAGUUUCAGUCCCAGAAAUUUACCCUGGGGAAAAUCCCACUGAAGCCGCCACCUGUUGAGCUUCUGACUGUAUAAGGACCGGGUGCAAUACAGAAAGAGUGCUUUAGCCAGGCUCGCUGUGCAGCCUGCAGUCUGAGAGGCUGAGCACCCAGAACGCCUCACAUUCAGGCCAGUGUGUUCAGCACAGAGUGGUAAGAGACCAGCAGCUCUGUGUGGGACCUUCAAAGAGAAAGAUCUGAUGGCUUUUAAAGCAAUGUUUUUAUAGUGCUGGGAAUCACUGGGGCCUCACCCAGGCAAGGCGAGUACUACCUGACCCAUACUCCACCCUAACUAUGACUUCUGAGGUUGUCUUGAUGAGUUUAUGUGUAUAUGGAAGCUUUCAGUAAUUUGAGAGAUUUAACUUUUCUAAACAUCUAGGUAAAUAAAGGACAGCCAAAAAGUCAAUAAGCAAGGGAAAUAUUUUGGGCUGUAAUUAUGAGUGGAACUCAUACAGUGUAUUGAAUAAAGUAAUUUUCACCUUCUUCCAGUUCACUAUCUGCCCCUUUUUAUAGGGAUGUGGACAGUGGUUGCUGCAGAUCAAACCCAGGCACAGUGUCCUGUGCAUGAUAGGCAAUUCUUUGUCACUGAGCCACAUCCCCCAACUCUGACUUGUGCCUGCCUAUGAGGUUACAGAUGGUUGUGAGCCACUGUAUAGAGGUGCUAGGAAUUGAACUCUAGUCCUCAACAACAGUCCUGAGUUUCUGAGCCAUCUCUCCAAUCCUAAGCCCUAACUUUUUACAUGGGGGAAAUAAACUGAGUGGGCGAAGCAGUUGCUGUGUAUGUGAGGACCUGAGUUGAUACCCAGCACUUAGUCCUCAGCACUGAAGAAGCAGAGACGAGUAGAUGCCAGAACUCGCUGAGCAGCGAUUUCCAGAAACCCUGUCAGAAUCUAAGGAUGGAGAACUGAUGGGGGAAGACACCCAACACCAAUCUUUGCCCACCACACAUACCUGUGCACAAACACACACUCAUAUAGUAGACCAGAAAACCAAAUGGCUUACCCAUUGAAAGAUGGGCCCUCCAAAUGUUCAUGCAUAUGUGCAAGGCAUUCAGUCCCUGGGAUCCUUUUAAACAGUGUGAUGCCUAUCUAACUUCAGAGGC